CUUUCCCUUUCUAACCCCCGCUCAGUCCAAAAACCCCAUCCUCGACCCUCCUAUCGCAUGCGCCUCCAUCCUCUCCUGAAAAUAUCCCGCAAUCAUCAUCCCGGCGUCCUCCUUAUUCUACGCCACUACUCCCCCUUAUCCUACACCCCUCCCCACUUCUUCCACGUCAGCACCCGAAAUCCGCCGCGCAUGGCCGAGGACGAACUCCGGCAAUCGCUCGCCAACAAGCAGGCCGCCGUCGACGCCCAAGCUGCCGCCGUCAGGGACCUCAAGGCUCAGGGAGCUGCCGGCUCGGAUCUCGACGCGGCGGUCGAGUCGCUCAAGGCGCUGAAGCUGGAGGCCGCUGCGGCCGCGAGCCAGCUCCAGGCCGCCGUCGCCGCGAGUAAUGGGGAUGGGAGCUCUGCUAGCAGGGAGGCGUUCCGUCAAUCGGUCGUGAAUACACUCGAGAGGCGGCUGUUCUACAUACCGUCUUUCAAGAUCUACAGAGGCGUCGCCGGCCUCUACGAUUACGGGCCGCCAGGGUGCGCCGUUAAGUCCAACGUGCUCGCUUUCUGGCGCCAGCAUUUUGUUCUCGAGGAGAACAUGUUGGAAGUGGAUUGUCCAUGUGUCACACCUGAAGUUGUCCUGAAAGCAUCAGGUCACGUUGACAAGUUUACAGACCUUAUGGUUAAGGAUGAGAAAACAGGAACAUGUUAUCGGGCAGAUCACUUGCUUAAGGAUUUCUGUAAGGAGAAGCUUGAGAAGGACCUCACGUUGCCAGCUGAGAAGGCAGCUGAGCUGAAACAUGUCCUUGCUGUUCUGGAUGAUCUCUCAGCUGAGGAACUUGGUGCGAAGCUAAAGGAGUACGGUAUCACUGCUCCAGAUACAAAAAACCCUCUUUCCGAUCCCUACCCUUUCAACUUGAUGUUCCAGACAUCAAUAGGCCCAUCUGGUUUAAGCCCCGGGUAUAUGCGCCCAGAGACAGCACAGGGCAUCUUUGUGAAUUUCAAGGACUUGUAUUAUUAUAAUGGGAACAAGCUUCCUUUUGCAGCAGCUCAGAUUGGUCAAGCUUUCAGAAACGAGAUAUCUCCUCGUCAAGGUCUUUUGAGAGUCCGCGAGUUCACGCUUGCGGAGAUCGAGCACUUUGUUGAUCCUGACGACAAAUCCCACCCUAAAUACAAAGAAGUUGCUGAUUUGGAAUUCUUGAUGUUCCCAAGGGAAGAGCAACUGACUGGCCAAGCAGCCAAGAAACUCUGCCUUGGUGAAGCAGUUUUCACAGGGACUGUCAACAAUCAGACCCUUGGCUUCUUCAUUGGGAGGGUAUAUCUAUUUCUAACAAGGCUGGGAAUCGACAAAGAUCGACUACGCUUUCGGCAGCAUCUGCCGAAUGAGAUGGCUCACUAUGCUGCAGACUGCUGGGAUGCUGAGAUAGAGUGUUCCUAUGGCUGGAUUGAAUGUGUUGGUAUUGCAGAUAGGUCUGCGUAUGAUCUGCGUGCUCACACGGAGAAAAGUGGUGUUUCUCUUGUCGCCCAUGAAAAGUAUGCUGAACCUAGAGAGGUCGAGCAACUGGUCAUAGUACCAGCAAAGAAGGAGCUGGGUCUUGCAUUCAAAGGGAACCAAAAGAUGGUGGUUGAAGCCUUGGAGGCCAUGAAUGAAGCAGAAGCUAUGGAAGUGAAAACUGCUUUAGAAUCCCAAGGGCAAGUGGAAUUCAAUGUGUGCACCCUCGGGAAAACUGUCACGAUCACAAAGAACAUGGUAUCUGUUUCUAAACAGAAAAAGAAGGAACACCAGAGGGUUUUUACACCAUCAGUUAUUGAGCCGUCCUUUGGCAUCGGACGGAUAAUCUACUGCCUUUUCGAGCAUUCGUUCUACAUGAGAGCUAGCAAAGCCGGGGAUGAGCAGUUGAACGUGUUCCGCUUCCCCUCUCUUGUGGCACCCAUCAAGUGCACCGUCUUCCCUCUUGUUCAGCAACAACAAUACGAGGAAGUGGCAAAACUCAUCUCAAAAUCACUAACUGCGGCAGGAAUCUCUCAUAAGAUAGACAUAACAGGUACAUCGAUAGGGAAACGAUAUGCAAGGACGGAUGAACUUGGUGUUCCCCUUGCCAUCACAGUAGAUUCUACAACAUCGGUCACGAUCAGAGAGAGGGACAGCAAGGAUCAGAUUCGUGUAAGCAUUAAUGAGGUGGCAUCAGUUGUGAAGGAGGUGACGGAUGGGCAUAGCACGUGGGCUGAUGUGCAAUGGAAUUACCCGGCCCAUAGCGCAGCUGGUGGUGAGGGAACUCAGUAAGGCUGAUCUUUGCUAAUGAGCUGAUAUCUCAUAAGAUUGACAUUUUUGAGUUCAUUGAAAAUGUGAAGGUUGGAUUUUGAUUGGUAUAAUCGAGAGAAUCUUAAAAUACAUGAACAAAUCUGAGGGGGGAAAAGAAUUUAUAUGCUUAGUUUUGUCAUACAGAUAUUUCCUUGUGAUCUUACUUAUCAUGCCCCAUUUAUGAUGGCUCUGC